AUGCUUGUGUCUCCUGAUCUUGUGACCGACUGCCUCGAUCUCCCUUCUGCGUCUUCCUCUCCCCGUCAAUCCUUACCAUACCAACCAGCCCUGUGCCUUGCUUUUCCUUCCUUUUGUCUGUGUCCUUCUAUCUUCUCUUUCCGUGUUCCUUUGAAUCAUUUCACCCUUAUCCAAGCGUCACUGCUCCUCAGUCACUCUCCUUCUCCGCGCUCCACCGGUCGCCCUUGCGUCCUGCCUGCCUCUCCCUCUCCGGCGAGCCACCUGCACCAAGUCUCUUUACUGCAAAAUAAACCGCUUUCCUCAAUCAAGUUCUCCCGCCGGACGUGUCAACUAUAG